GUAUAUAAAAGAAAGUUCACAACAAGUCUAAGGGUUUCGUUCGAUCGAGUGUUGUUUGUGAGGGUUUAGGGCGCAAUUUUCUUAAGCUAGCAGAGUCCUCAACUCUCUUCCAUUCACCAUGGCCGACGAUGACUACGAAGAUAUCGACAUGGGUUACGAGGAAGAGCCAGCAGAGCCUGAAAUCGAGGAAGGUGCAGAGGAGGAGGAUCCGGAUAACAAAAACGAUGACAUAGAUGGUUUAGGAGAGCCGAUUGAAACUGAGGAAAAGGAAGAUGAUCAACCUGUUGAGCGUCCUCGAAGGACAUCGAAAUACAUGACGAAGUAUGAGCGGGCUAGGAUUCUCGGUACACGGGCUCUUCAAAUCAGCAUGAACGCACCUGUCAUGGUCGAGUUGGAGGGGGAGACUGACCCACUUGAGAUUGCUAUGAAGGAGCUAAGAGAGCGGAAAAUUCCUUUUACCAUCCGCCGCUACUUGCCUGAUGGAAGCUAUGAAGAUUGGGGAGUUGAUGAACUCAUUGUGGAAGACUCCUGGAAAAGGCAAGUUGGUGGGGAUUGAUGAGUAAAAGGCACUAAGAUCUUACUAUACUGCUGUGGAACUGAUUGUGAAGUGAACACUGAUCUAUGAUCCUACCACAAAACUGGCUUAUCCUAUUUGUUUUGGCUGUGUAUCUAUGUAUGACUUGUUCCUUGUACUUUAACCCGGUAUCAUUUUUGUUUUUGCUCAUCUGUAUAUUACAAAUAUCUAGGCCUUUUAACAGUAUAUGCCGGUGUUUGAACUUUUAAGUGAAAGUUAGAUGGGUGUUUGAAUUUUGAA